AUGGAAAACGGCGCCUCCGAGGGCAAAGACCCCUCCGCAUUUCUGAGUGAGAUCACUGGCGCCCCCGUCACAGUCAAGUUGAAUUCUGGAGUGGUUUACAAAGGCGAGCUGCAGUCCGUCGACGGCUAUAUGAACAUCGCCCUAGAGAAGACGGAGGAGUAUGUCGAUGGCAAGCUGAGACGGAGCUAUGGCGAUGCGUUUGUGAGGGGAAAUAAUGGUAUCAUUCAUUCUACAUUUCAAACAUCACAUGCCGCGGAUUAUAGAGGAGCCUUUGCUGACGUUUAA